AACUUUUCACGCUUCAGUCGCCUUGACAAUGUCAGACACAGCUAGUAGGAGAGACUAAAACUCCACAGAGCAACUGAAGUUUCCCCGUUCAGUUGAAGAUUGCUAUGGUGUAACUGAAGUUGUGUUUCUUCCCCCACCUCCCCACUCCCUUUCGUGUUCGGUCGAGAGCAGUAGUGUAGAUUUGAUAGAAAUUGCCAUUCUCCCUUUCCUUGGACUAUCUGAACCUGUAGAGGAUACCACAGCAAUGCUGGACUGCAGCGACUACAUUCUAGACUCAAGAAUGAACAAUCCGUCAGAAACCAGUAAACCAUCAAUGGAGAGCGGAGAUGGAAACACAGGCACGCAAACAAAUGGCCUGGACUUUCAAAAGCAGCCUGUGCCUGUCGGAGGAGCAAUCUCUACAGCCCAGGCCCAGGCCUUCCUUGGGCACCUUCAUCAGGUCCAGCUCGCUGGAACAAGUUUACAGGCUGCUGCUCAGUCCUUAAAUGUACAGUCUAAAUCUAAUGAAGAAUCUGGGGACUCUCAGCAGCCAAGCCAGCCUUCCCAGCAGCCUUCAGUGCAGGCGGCCAUACCCCAGACCCAGCUCAUGCUGGCCGGAGGACAGAUCACUGGGCUCACGUUGACGCCAGCCCAGCAACAGUUAUUGCUACAACAGGCGCAGGCACAGUUGCUGGCGGCUGCAGUGCAGCAUUCAGCCAGUCAGCAGCACAGCGCUGCUGGUGCCACCAUCUCGGCCUCUGCUGCAACGCCGAUGACGCAGAUCCCUCUAUCUCAGCCAAUACAGAUUGCACAGGAUUUGCAGCACUUGCAGCAGCUUCAGCAGCAGAAUCUCAACCUGCAACAGUUUGUGUUGGUGCAUCCAACAACCAACUUGCAGCCAGCACAGUUCAUCAUCUCACAAACACCGCAGGGGCAGCAGGGUCUCCUGCAAGCGCAGAAUCUCUUAACGCAACUACCUCAGCAAAGCCAAGCCAACCUCCUGCAGUCUCAGCCAAGCAUCACCCUUGCCUCGCAGCCAGCAACCCCAACACGCACAAUAGCAGCGACCCCCAUUCAGCCACUUCCACAGAGCCAGUCAACACCAAAGCGAAUUGACACUCCCAGCUUGGAGGAGCCCAGUGACCUUGAGGAGCUUGAGCAGUUUGCCAAGACUUUCAAACAAAGACGGAUCAAACUUGGAUUCACUCAGGGUGAUGUUGGGCUCGCUAUGGGCAAACUCUAUGGAAAUGACUUCAGCCAAACUACCAUCUCUCGCUUUGAAGCCUUGAACCUCAGCUUUAAGAACAUGUGCAAGUUAAAGCCGCUUCUGGAAAAGUGGCUCAAUGAUGCAGAAAACCUCUCAUCUGAUUCAACUCUCUCCAGCCCAAGUGCCCUGAAUUCUCCAGGGCUGGGGAUUGAAGGCUUGAACCGCAGGAGGAAGAAACGCACCAGCAUAGAGACCAACAUACGUGUGGCCUUAGAGAAGAGUUUCCUGGAGAACCAAAAGCCUACCUCGGAUGAGAUCACCAUGAUAGCUGACCAGCUAAACAUGGAGAAGGAGGUGAUCCGCGUUUGGUUCUGUAACCGGCGCCAGAAGGAGAAAAGGAUCAACCCACCCAGCAGUGGUGGAACCAGCAGCUCGCCCAUCAAAGCAAUUUUCCCUUGUCCAACCUCACUGGUGGCAACCACAGCAAGCCUUGUGACUAGCAAUGCAGCUACAACCCUGACUGUCAAUCCUGUGCUCCCUCUGACCAGUCCUGCUGUAACUAGUCUGUCUGUCACAGGCACAACAGAAACCACCUCCAACAACACAGCAACAGUGAUUUCAACAGCACCUCCAGCUUCUUCAGCAGUGACAUCACCCUCCCUGAGUCCUUCCCCUUCUGCCUCAGCCUCCACUUCAGAGGCGUCCAGUGCCAGUGAGACCAGCACAACACAGACAACCUCCACACCCUUGUCCUCCCCCCUUGGGACCAGCCAGGUGAUGGUAACGGCAUCAGGGUUGCAAACAGCGGCAGCAGCCGCAUUACAAGGAGCUGCACAGUUGCCUGCAAAUGCAAGUCUUGCUGCCAUGGCUGCUGCAGCAGGACUAAACCCAGGCUUGAUGGCAUCCUCGCAGUUUGCAGCUGGAGGUGCCUUACUCAGUCUCAAUCCAGGGACAUUAGGUGGUGCUCUCAGCCCAGCCCUGAUGAGCAACAGUACACUGGCAACUAUUCAAGCUCUUGCAUCUGGUGGCUCUCUUCCAAUAACAUCACUGGAUGCAACUGGAAACUUGGUGUUUGCCAAUGCUGGAGGUACUCCUAACAUCGUAACUGCCCCUCUGUUCCUGAACCCUCAGAACCUUUCUCUGCUCACCAGCAACCCGGUUAGCCUGGUCUCUGCAGCUGCAGCCUCCGCAGGGGCCUCUGGACCAGUCGCCAGCCUUCACGCCACCUCCACCUCAGCCGAGCCCAUCCAGAACUCUCUCCUCACGGUGGCCUCUGCAAGCGGGGCCACGUCCACCACCACUACUGCCUCCAAGGCACAGUAAGCCGGGCUGAGCUGUGCUGCCAGCAGCCUGUUUCACUGUGCGGUGGGACUGGCUGCCAGCGGGGUUUAUAAACUGAAAAUGAUGGGCAUCCUCUCACCGUGUUGCUGGGGACAAGGGAGAGAAGGAAAAAGAUAAAAAACAAAAGCAAAACAGGAAGGAUUUAAAGCUGGGACAGACAUUUGCCUAAUUUUAUAAUAAACACUGUCUUUUCAGGAUCGCUUCAUGGAUCGGAGAACUUUCUAACCAAAAAUGUAAAAAAAAAAAAACAAAAAACAAACAAAAAAAAAAAAAACAAAAAAAAAACCACAAAAAAAAACCACAAAAAAAGUGAAAGGACUACUUAUCAUUUCCAGCAGUCACAAUGACAAGUUAAGGUGGGUUAUCAACUCCUCAAACAUAGGAAGGGGAUUUCUUGUUUCUUUCUGGUCUAAAUAUCUUUCUUUUUUAAUUAUCAUUUUAUAGGUCUGUUGUACAGGCCAUUAUGUCAUACAAGGUGUUUAUAAUCGUAUCAAUCGUGUUGGGGGUUCCUUUCUUAACUGGUACAAUUUAGGCAGGCCUGUAUUACUGGUGUAUCUCUAUUAUUAUGAUGAUGAUGAUUAUUAUUAUUAUUUUUAUAUAUAUAGUUUGGACGCGUUUGUCUUUUGCUCCUGGAUUAUUUUCAGCGAGCUCCCACACCAUGGGGGGAGGGCGGGAGGGUGGAGAAGGAAGAAUGGAGCACAAAUAGACUUUCUGUCCUUAUCUUCUGGGAACGUUCUGAAUGGUUUCCUCAUCCUUGAAUUUGUCUGACGGUUACUUGUAAGGGUCAGAAGAAUUUAUGUUCAUCAUUUGUGCAGGAAGCUCAGCGUAGCAGGUAGAGAUCAUUGUGUGCAAACUUCCAGGCUGGUCUGUGCUUUUUAAGCAGAGGUAGGAAUUAGUUCGGAACUGCAGUUCUCCUUCUCUCAAUUAUUUAGACAAAAUGGCCAAAUUCUGCUCUUAGCUUUCUGUGCAUGGUUCCUUUUUACUUCAGAGAGUGGGAUUCGACCUCCCGAGUCUAGCUUGUGUGACAUACCGCUGGCUCUUCUGUUCUGUUGAUUUGAUUUUGCUGUUAAGAGCAUACACCAAUGUUUCAAAAAUGUCAAGUUACCCAAGCUAAUUGGCAGUAUGUAAAGCGGCAUUUACCGCCCUAGAUUUUCGCCAGGUGAAUUGGUACAGAAUUUCGGAAGGUCAGAUUCUCCCUGUUCGUAGCAAUAUUCCCUUGCCUUUAUUAAUUUUGAUGCUUCCAGCACUGUAUGUAGAAAAACAUUCUAGUAAAAGAGUGCUUCUGGCUACAAAACAGAGAAGCCAGCGCUACGAGAGCAGAAGUUACCACCGUUUAUGCCAACACAAUAGAGCUGGCUCUGGGGCUUUGCACAUGCCUGGGUGAUCUCAUGUAGUUUCUGAGCUGUGAUGCUGCUAACUACGGAAAAACGGCAAUAAGCAUCUCUGACCAGAGCGUCAGGGCUUGCCUGCCACUGUAACUGUCUUUUCAAGGUUGAUUCUGAUCCAUGUAGCAAAGGAUAUUUACGUGGAUGAGGAAGAGUAACGAACUGUACAGAAGUUAGAUCUGUAUAUUCUGAAAUAUACAAUCUAGUAUCUGAACCAAAAAAAAAAAAAAAAAAAAAAAAAGAUUUUUAAGAAGACUGGAUCACUGCAAUGCAGUUCACUCUGAACUUUCGAUUCCUGAUGGAUUUAGAGGUUUCUGCCAUGUGUAUAAAACUAAAUUACUUUUAGCUAGCGAGGGUAUUAGAAGAGUCCCUUUCCCCCCGCCCCCUUUUCUUUUGUCACCGGAGUGUCCUAAAAUAAUGAGCUGAUGCAGCUAUGUUCAUUUUGUUGAUGAUUCAGGGGGACCCUGGAGCUUCUCAUCCAAGGUCCAGAAGGCAGCAACUUUAAACUCUGCAUGUGCUUUGGUUUGUGACCUGAGCAUGUGGGAUUUGCAUUUGCACUCAAGUGGCAGAACCCCUUAUCUCUCCCCCCCAACGCCGUGUUUUUGCUCUGUUCCAUCUCUUAACUCUCCACCUUCCUGUUUUACUGAGUAUUUAAACCGAUUAUCCCUAAAACUUCAAAACUAGUGAACUGCAAGCAGGGAAACUAACAAAUGUCCGUCCACCGUUUCUAAUGUGUUUUUGAUUUUUUUUUAUGUUUUAUUUUUUUAAAACUAAGCUUGAACCAAAGUCAAUUUCUAGCAAGCUGCUGUACUAAUGGACUAGUUUGUAUAAGUGCAGUUCAGAUGCAGAGAGGCGAUAGAUGCUACUGACAAUUUCUUUUUCAUUUGUCUUUUGUUUUUAUUAAUUUUAUAUAAACGUUGCUGCUUGUUUUUUAAUCUUUUUUUUUUUUUUUUUCCUUUGGUUGAUGAUUUGUGUUAUCCUUGGGGCAGACUCUUAACUUGAUUUUAAUUUGUUUUCUUUUAUUUGAUGUGUAAAUAGAAUGGCAAUGUCAGGGGAUUGUUAAUCCAACAGGUCCCACCCCCAUCCCACCUGUAUGGAUAAAUCCAGGUAUUUUUGAUGUGUCUCUAUGGCUUCAGGCUGUGCAGGAGGCUUUUAGGGCCGUGAAUAAUACUGCAGGAGUGGAAAUGGCUGGCAGUAAUAGCUUCAGAGCAGCGAAAGGUAUAACUGGGUGAGCUUCAGGGAGGUAGGGAAAAAGUGGAACAGGAGAUGCCAGUACACGCUGUGUAGGUCUGGAGGCCACAGCGUGGACUGCGAAGGAGUCUACCAAAGGAAUGCAAGUCCCUGGGACUUGCGUUCAGUGAAGUAAGAGGAUGGGGAAAACCUGCAGCUAUAAUGCUCAUUCCUGACUCUGAAAGUUCCUGCUUACUUUCACGCCUGUGCAAAAAUACGGUUUAUCCGGAAGCUUUUUAUGUUAAAGGGGAGGGGGAUACUACCGGUCUUUUCUCCGAUGUGUCCACUACCCCCUAAGGGUUUUGUGGUGGGGUGGGGGGGCAUAGUCCUUGCAUAUAUCUAGGAAACACAAAGAAAGGUGGGCCUUAAAUCAGCGGAAAAUCCUCUCUUCAGUUCAAAGAGACUGUGCCAUUAGCUGUCUGAAUGAGUUUUCAUGUCCCAUUCUUGCUGGUUUGUGGUUGGGAGAGGGUCUUGUUGAGUACAUAUCUGGAACACUAAUGCAGCUUGGAUGGUUUAUUUAUUAUAAAAAUCUGCUUUUUUUCCUGACUACCUUUGCAUUGGUCACAUGGCUUUGGUGUGAGCACCUUAUACCCCCUUACCCUCCUCCUCUCUACCCCAUCACCCUCUCUGGGGCCCAGGUUCCAGGGAUUUUCUUAGCAAGUCUUUUUCUGAGAGAAACUGGAAACUCAAGAGUAGCCACAUAUCCAGAAAGGGCUUGGUUUUCCUGGCAGAAGCUGACAGAAUACCCAAACAGCACAUAUCCCAUGGCAUCCAUCAGCAGUGUGCUCUGAUUCACUGUCCUAAAACAUCCCAAUGACCGACUGUCGCUCCUGGAGCCCUGCUCGUCAUCCCUAGCAGUGUUUGGUGUCACCGAUGCUGGCUGCCUCCAGUGGCUAGGUGAAAGACAGAAAUCAGAUUGGCAAUGGGUGUACAUCUGCCCAGUUAGAGUGUAUAUACUAGUUAGAGUACAUCUACCUCUUCAGAGCAUGAAAGGAAUAUGAGAUGGUGUAGUAGAAUUGAGGAGAAGUUUCUUUUUUAAAUCAUAAUCGUGCUGACAGCAGAAAUUGAUGCAUCUGAAAAGAGACAAUAACAAUUGUAUACAGACCUAGUAAAUAUGAUCAGAAGGAAUUUCACAGCGUGUUAGAAAAGGAUGAUAGCAUCUCUUUUGCAGAGCUCCAUGUCUCUGUAUUUAAAGACGUAUGGGUUGCUUUUCAUCGUUACGACCAUGCCAAAGUACAUAUGCAGGAAAAGAGAAGGUGAAAAACUCUCAUUAUAGUCAAGGACGGUUAGCUCAAAAAGCAAGAGAUACACAGAUACGCCCUGAAGGUCAAGAACAAUUUAGGAGAUGGCUUCAGGAUGAGGUGUAGGCUGGUGAUGAAAUUUUUUCUGAUGUUAAGAAAAUGUAUCCUAGUUUGGCUUUAGCACACUUGAUCUCCUCAAGGCACACUCUCCCUAGUCGUAGAAUGAUUCAUGAACAGCUCAUAGAAAGUACACACCGACAGGGCUGCUUUACAAGAGUCACAUCUGUCUAUUUAAAUCUCCUUAAGGAGAUUCACUUUGUUUCUGAGUUACUGUGCACUGUGUGUUAGUCUCAUGGUGCUCUGAGAGGGGGGGUGUGCCUGCGCUCGGAAAAUUGCUGAGGAGAUACCAGGCUUGUUACAUCCAAAGUCUCCAGUUACAGACCUUUUUAGGACAUCAGAAGCUUCAAGUUUGAAUUUUUGUCAGCCCGUUAGUUUAAAGAUAAAGAGAUUUUCAGUGGAAACAGUAUAGCUCCUGAUGUAUUUGGAGUUACAGCUUUUGAUUUUUACACCUUUUAGGUUAAUCAGGAGGAUGCCAACACUGAGCGAAGUAGCCAUCUGCUGAUCUUAACGUAGGAGGACAAAUGUUCUGUUGUAGUAUGAUAGCUUUUCGUUUCAACAAGAGCAAUCCACUGCCUCUACCCCUUAUUUUAAUUUUACAUACUUUACAGUGAACAUCAAAUGUAGACAAAAAUUCAGUACUUCUGAUCUUUUGGUAUAUUGCCAAAAUCUUCUAGGAUAAUUCUUAUUUUUUUUAAAAAAAGCAUAGAAAUAACCGGUUUUAACUCAGGGGGCAGUAAGAGAAUGGCUGUUACCAAAACACAUUAGAUAAAAUUCAUCGUGUGCAUCUAUGCCAACGAUUCUGUGAGCAACAGAACAUGUCUUUAUUUUUUUAUUUCUCUUGGAACUAUAACAGAAUGUUUUGGUUCGUGCUGAUGUUUAAAUGUCACCUCUGGAAGCCUUGCAGUGAGCUUGGCUCACACACAUUUCUGCAGUUGAGUUACUGAAGGAGACAGCGGUGUUAAUUCCUUAACGCUGUGCAUGUUCCUGCAGAGCAACAUUCUUUGAAACAGGAAUUCCCUCUUUCUGUGUUACAAAUGGAGCAGAACACCAGAACCAUAUCACAGAUACUAAACCCAAAACAACAUCUAAUUUAUCUGAAAUAUCAAUUGGUACUUUCUUAGAUAAAAGUUUACUUUGCACGAUCAUCCUAGGGAGGCACGUAGCUUCCCAUGGUCGUUAAGAGUCCCACGUCCACGGAUAGUUGGUUUUAAACCAGAAAUUUUAAAUGUAGAUCUAUUUAUUGCCACGUUAACUUUUACUAAGAGUCACUAUUCCCUAUUCCUCUUCUGCCUGAAGCGGUUAAGUGGUGUUUAUCCACGGGGCCUGGGUGUGCCUGUAGGAUGUACACCUGCCUGUUGCCUAGGGUGGAGUGUUACCAAAGGAGUAAGCUCACCUGCUGCCUGCCCCUCACCGGGUUUACGAUUGCCAGUUCUCACGUAGCCAACUCAAAUUCCUUUAUAUUUUUGCAGCCAAUACCUCUUACUUCUCCCUCCCUUCCCCAAAUACUAUAGCAAUACAGAAUUCAAGACACAUCCCUUGCAGAGGUUUUACUCUUUUCAGUCACUAAAUCUCACUCCCGGUGCUGCUCGUGAGUCUUUUCCUUCUUUCCAGUGGGGAGACCCCUAAAACACUUUUAAAGGGUUUUGACAGAAGAGGCUUUGUCCUAAAGUUAUCGGCUCACUCUUUGCAAUUGCUCAAAAUGUUCUUGUCUUUGGCUCCGUGAUUUGAACAGCACCUGGUUCCCUGUAAGUCAGCGCAAGUCGUUUCAGUGCUUUUGGAACGAUGACGAGAAGCGAUUCCUAUACUUGCGUAUCUUCACAGACAAGCACGCAGAGUAACGCAGGAAAAAGAACUUGAUAUUUUUUUUCGACUUACCUGUCUUCAUUGGAUCUGUCUGCCACUUCUCCCAGGACACGCUUAGGGGUUACACGCUCCGAGCUUUCACCCCUGUGGGAUGCUGUUAGAAGGGUGUUAGGAAGAUUGCACUGGAAUUACAAAUAGUUUAACUGUGGGAGAAGGGAAGAGACACCUUUCAGUUGAGCAGACGAGUCAGGUCAGCACGUAGAACCUAUCGGGUACUUCUCUUCUGACCAAAUGCCUCAGACCCAAGCAACUACUGGGCUUUGUCUCGGGGCUGCUUUUAGCUCCAUCUGCAACACCCUGCUAAGAACCGUCCAUGACUGGAAAUGAUCUGGGCCCCCUCCCUCCCCCCCCUCUCUCCUCCCCUCUCCCUCCGUGUUCCUUCCCCGUCUUCCCUCAGCGCAAGGUAGCACCAUACAGCUCUGAGAACAAUACUUGUGGGUAGCAGCUGGCUUCUGGCACCUUCAUAAAAUACCUCAGCAUAGCUUAGCAUUGUCGCAGAACUGGUUUUAAACUGAAAAAAAAAAUAAAUCAGAAGAUAAAAGCAAACUUUAUAAAUAGUGGAGAUAAUUCUAGCUGUAGAGUUUAGUUGAACUGAUGUUUAUUAUGAUUGAUAAACAUGAUUAUGCUGUAUGUAUUUGAGAUCCUGUUUAUAGGUUACAACUUUAUAGGGUCGGGUGGGGGUGGGUGGAUGUUGGGGGCAGAGAAUGGGGUUGACUGUGUUAGAAGGAAAAUGUUUGCUCAUGAAUUUUUUUCCUUGUAUCUGUCUUGCCAAAGGAAACAUUUUGUCGCUCCUGGGUUUGGGAUUGUUGUUUGGUUGGUUUAUCUGUGGUCUAAUCUGCAGCACAGCACGUGGUGGCAUGCAGGUUACUGAUCGGGUUGCUGUUCAGGGUCCUUCCGAGUGUGCGCACGCUUCCCUCCCCCUUGGCCUUUCCUUGCCCUUCGCCGGGAUCUAAAGACGAGGCAACGCGUGUCCGGGAGGCUCGGGGGAAAGAAGGUGGCUGUACCGGGUUAGGAUCAACCUAGGUGGUGUAAAUCCGUUUCAGUUAGUUGAGUUGCUCCAGAGCUGAACUGGGUCCGUUGUGUUUAACUUCGGGGAGGGAGAAGAAUGGUUGUCGCAUCUUAAGUCUAUCUGGGAGAGCAAAAAGUGAAACAGGUUCCUUUUAUCCCCCUUGUCUUGUUACUGAAUGUAGGGCUUGUAGUGCUUGAUGAUAGGUGGAAAACUUUUUAAACACUUCCUUUUCUAAUAGCAAUGCUAAUCCUGUCUAGACCAAAAACUAUGAAAGAAAAAACCAAACUGAGAAGUGAAAGCUAACCUACUCCUAACCCCCGGCUGGGACGCCUGAAAGGGUGGGAAUACUGUGCGGCAGCGGUGGGGGGGGCUGCGGGGGGUUGCUGGCGAGGGAGUGGGUCGUUCUCCUGGCGUGUCUCGGUGUCGCGGCGGUGGGAGUAGCCGAAGAGCGAGCGGGUGCUGCCCUGGGGGGUGCUGGCUCCCCUCUCCUUCCCCUUCCAGGCUGCUGGGGCGGGGGAGGGGCGGGGGGGAGCGCGUGGGGGUGUGUGCAAGUGCAUGUGUGCGCAAGCGUGUGCGCCUGGCUGCGUGUGGCGACCGAGGGAGGUGGGUUUCUAAAGGAGCUCGACUCCACUGGGGCGGGAGAAUUCCCAGUGGCCUCGUAGGGAACCAAAGGCACUGAUAAGUUGUCAGCUCUGCUGUUCUCAGAGCGGGUAAGAGGAAAAGCUGGGUGGGGUUUUUUUUGAGCUUUGGGUCAGUGUCCCUUCCUGUAAGGACCUCAUCUCCUGUGGGUACCCCCACCUCCUCCGCACGGAGCUGCUUCGGCUCUGUGGAGAUGAACGGGGUGCGGGGCUUGCCCAGUGCUGCAGGUCUUAGGCUGAUGUUGGGAUACAGUCAGGGAAAACUGUUUCUUUCCUUCGAAUGUGGAAGCAGUGUAGUCCAAGGUCAGAGUCUGUUCAACAGCUUUUGCAUAUGGUCUUUCUCGUAAGGGAGGGGCCUCGAAGACUCCUUUCUUUGCUCCCCAAAGUAGCCUUGUACAUGUUCAUGUAUCGUGCUAUUGGGCUGAGUUGUUUUAUCCGUGAACUUGGUGAGCUCUUGUGAAGAAAGGGAGGGAGGAAGGGGGAGAGGUGGGUUGUCCAGCUACUCUUCCUCCGGACACCAAUCGGGUUGCAGAACUUCACUGAAAGCUUUACUAAUAGAAUUGUUGUUCUGACAUUAUGUAAAAGUGGUAUUAAUAUUGUGUGACUUUUCAAAGAGCUAGUUAGAUUUAUAGGUAGGUAAUAGGGAUAUUGAAGAAAUGACUUCUCAAAGAAAAGAGCACUUGGAACAAAAGAAGUGGAAAACAAGGUGUGCUUUAAGGAAAACAAAUCUGAGGAAGGAAAUGAAACAGCUUGUGGGAGGCGAGGGAAGAUGAUACCCUUUGGUGUUCCUUAGAGCUGCUGAGGCUCGGCCCCAGAAUUGGAACAUCCCCCCUCUGCCUUAUCUCAUCUCUCUACCAAACAGGACAUUGUCAAGUAGCUCAGACCAAAACGCUGAUCUGUCUUAAAAAAACUGUGUCCGUCUGCUGGGGAGUAUUCUCCGGUAGAGCUUUAAAGCGUAAGAUAUUUAAUUUAUCACGUUAGCUUCCCCUUUCCUCCCCAAAUUCUCCUAUCUGUUGUAGGCCCCACUUCAGGAUCCGUACUGCCUUUGCUGAGUUUUGUAGCAGCAGCUACUCCAGCCCUAUUCCCUGAACGUGGUAACGCUGUGCGUGGACGAAGCCGGCAUGUUGCGGUGCUAUAGAAAUCCGAAAUUAUGCCAAGAACGAAGCCUAAGACAUUGGAAAUGGGCAUGCCAAGGGGGCGGGUCGUGGAGACACACAGCCCCCUUGAGAAACUAGGAACGAGAGCACCCGUGACAGUGUCCUGAGAACAAGGCAGUUGAGACAAACCCUGUAGUUCUUCCCCCAUUCACUCUCCGUCUGUCGGCCUCGGUGACUCACCCGAGCGAGUCCGAGGGGAAAGCGCGAUGCGAAAGGCUUGGAGGUCAGAAAGGCUUGGAGAUCAGCGCGGUUCCCGGGGAGCCGGCCUGGCCCCCGCCGCGGACCGGGAGAGGGGAGGGAUGGCUGCCGAGCCGCCCGCGGGCGGUGGGAGAGGUCUGGAGCAGCACCGGUCCCCGCGGGGCACCUGGUGUGCCGCCCGCCCGUGGGAAGGACCCGGGCAGUAGCUCCUUCGUCCCGCCAGUGCCGUCGUGUUGUUCCAUUUCCUUCCUCUGUGGUAGUAUCUAAGGCUAGGUGUGAGUAGGUGUGGGGUGUUUAUCCGCCACAGGUACAGGAGCUGUCGUAUACCUCAUUUCUAACUCGUAACUGAGUAACUUGCUUUAACUUUCUCCAAACCCUACAGAGUUGCCAAGUCUGCCCUCCCUCCUCUGCUUAACACUGAACUCUGGCCUAUAGCACCCCGUGACCUGCCACCUGGGGAGGGACCCCCAACGCCUCUGAAUGUCGCUGCUGAAAAGCUACUGCAAAGUGAGGGCAAAUUGCAAUCGUAUCUUAUUUCCUUUGGUUACAAGGGGUCCUCUUGAUUAGUCUGUGAAUAUCCACCCCCCUUCCCCUCCACUCUCCGCCGAAAAGGGCCGCCCACCCACGCUGCCUUUCCCCACCCCGGGGCUGCGCUGAGCUCCAGGGCCCGCAGGCGCUCUCAGCCCCAGUGCUGCACACACGCGACUCACUUUUUAACAUGACCAAAAAAUAAAAAUUAAAAAAAAAAAAAAGGCAAAAAAAGCAAAAAAAAAAAAAAAAAAGAGAACAAAUAAAUAAAAAAAGAGCAAAGAAAUCUCCAAAUAUUUAAUUUUCUUCUUUAUUAUUUGACAAUCCUGUUAUCCCUUCCCCGCUCUCCAACCUGGCCAGAAGCUGCAUCCUUAACCCGGUCCAUCUUUAUUUGAAUGUAGUUCCCCUACCCCCAUGGGAAAGAGAAGCUUUGUCAGGUCACGGUGGCUGCUAUAAGUCGGGAGGGGGCGGUUUCUUUGUUUUGUUUUGUUCUUUUAAAAUUUCCAGCCAAAACCAAAGAUUUCCUAAUGAUUGUAUAAACUCAAAACAAACAAACAAACCAAAGACAAAGGGCGUCUUCAGCACCAAGCCCAUCUGUGAGGCCGGCCUGGCCCAGGCCGGGGUGAGGGUCGCUGCCAGCCCUGGGGGGGGCAGCCCCCCGGGCGAGGGGCACUGCCCCGGGCCUGGCUCCCCACGUGCCCCCGGGAAGAAACUCGCUGCUCGGGGGUGAAACCUGGGGCGCAGGCGCUGGGAGGGGGCGGCCGGGGGGGGGCUUCGCAGGUGGGUUGAGGAGCUGAAGACUUGGGUGCAGGAUUGGCUGCUCUGCUGGGUGCUUUAACCCUCUGGGGGCUGGGUGACGUUGAUUAAUACACGCUGAGGUGCACUUCUGAGCUUCCCCCCUCCCCCCGUCACUGCUUGGAAGAGGCUGUCCUGUUGUGAGAAAUCCCUGAAAGAAGAAGCAGCAGCUUUUCAUUUCUCCUCUAGUUCCUUUUUUCUAGAUUUCUUUUAUUUUUGCAGCACCACUGUGCAACUAUGCAUUGUAUUUCUCAACCUUUUAUGCUAGGUAGAUGCCUGUGACUUUUUAACUUUUGGGGGGGGGAUUGCAAAUGGAGGAACUUUUUACAUGGAUCUUUUUAAUCUCAGUUGAUUGGGGGGUGUUUGGUUCUAGGGUCAUACAAGCUCUAUCCCAAAGCAAAAUCCAAAUGUUAAUAUUAUUAGCCUGAUGCAGAUACCAAAGAUAAUUUCUUUCCUGCAGAACCUUAGACUUGUGUAUUAAGUACGAUUACCCAGCACUUGCAUUAGUCUAACCUCAGUAAUUCCAAAGCUUAGAUGUAUAUUUUGGUAUAUUUCUGGGAUAUUAAAAAAUUGUCGUUUAAAUUCUUGUUUGUUUCAGUGUAAUGCUCUUAAAGUCAUAGCAUGGAGAUAACUGAACUUGUCCUAUUCUUAGUAGUUUGAAAUAAUAGUAUUUUUGUAUGUUUUGGGUGUGUCUAUGUAUGUAUUAACAUAACAGUUUUCACUGCCUAGGUGUUCAUAAAUAAUUAAAAAAAAAAAAAAACAACAAACAACUAAGGGUUUUUAAACUGUACAUAAUAUUCCAUGUGGAAUUUCCACCAGACCGCCAAUUUGGAUCGCAUCUUCACUGACGGCCGCUCCCAACUGGGAUUCUUUCUUACUUUUUAAAGAGACAGCAUGUUCUUUUUUUUUCCCCAUUGACCUGAGGUUCUUUCUCAGCGUGAAGGGGUUUUCACUGUUUUUAAGGGAUGGGCCAAAGAGGAAGUAGCUUAAUUUUUUUUUUUUUUUUUAAAUAAUAUUUUAACACAUUUGUUUGAAAACUAACCCUUUGUAUGAAGAAUCGGGAGUCGAAAAACAAGCCCUUUCUUCUGAAUCCUCUGCUAGUUUUCGAAGGGUCGAGGGUUUGUGAAUGUCUGUACCGCCUGGGCAGUCCCCUUUUGCUUCCUUUCUCAGACAGGUGAAUUUUUGGUCUUCACGGUUUCACUGCUCUGUGCAACUGCCUGCUUACACACUGGCUGGGAGUGUUUUGGUUUUUUUGGUUUGGGUUUUUUUUUUUUUUUUUUUUUUUUUCCUCUUGCCCUUCCUUGUAUACUGCAUUUAUCGGCUUCAGGUCAGCAGAACACUUGAAAUGGAGGGCCAGGUGGGAGUACCCGUACCCAAGCGCAACCCAAGCUUUUCUUGAGACUGAAAUGUGAGAGUCCCACACAUUUCAAAACCUUGCUGAUCACACUAGGGGUGAGGAGGAAGGCAAAAUGCUGUCUCUUUAAAGAUGUCCUUUAUUAUUAUUAUUAUUAUUAUAAUUAUUAUUAUAAUUAUUAUUAUUAUUAUUAUUUUCCCAGUGGUUGCCUACAGAUAGCUGUAGGCAUUGAGAGAUUGUGUAGAUUACAGUAAAUCAGAAUGAAAAGGUAGAUUUUGUGUAGAUGCAUUUGUCUGCUGUAAUUUUUUAUAUAUAUUAAACUUACUGUAAUUGUACAGUUCAUUUCUGUUGUAAACAUCAUUAAACCAUUUUCCAAGUGUUUUAACAUGUA